AUGGAUCUUAUCUUUCAUGCUCUCAGGCGUCGCCUCUACCGGUCAGAUCAUGAGUUACUUCUAUUCGAAGACGAAUUGUUUCGUUUAAAGCAAGCAAUCAAGACACUCGUUUUCGACGGCGAAAGCAACUCCCUCUUAAUAAUUGGACGCAGAGGUGUCGGUAAAAAACGGGCAAUUACUUGCACAAGCGUUAAAGGACUCAAAAAAGGACAACAACAUAAGAGACAACCUUCUGGAAGUCCAUCUGAAUGGUUGGGCUCUCAUUUGUUUAUUUUCACAAUCCUAGGGCUUAUUCACACGGAUGAUGGCUCAGCUCUUCGCGCGAUGGCCAGGCAGCUUCAUCGUGAAUCACUGCUACAGAGCCCUUCUUCAGAAGUGCCGGAAACAGACCGGAUAGCUGGAACGAAAUCCCUGCCGUUUUCACAACAGCUUCAAUGGUUUUUGGAUGGACUUCACUCUGGAGAUGGAUCAUCUAAAUCGCUCCUUAUAGUGUUACACGAAUUUGACUUGUUUGCAUCGCAUCGUAACCAAAUUCUGCUUUACAACCUAUUUGACUGCUGUCAGUGCAAUGACACUCCGAUAUGCGUCAUUGGGCUAACGUGUCGCCUGGAUAUCAUGGAACUUUUAGAGAAGCGUGUCAAGUCCCGCUUCUCACAUAGACAGAUUCAUCUCAUUUCAAUUGCUGCUCCGCUAGAUCACUCCAGCUCACGAGCAGUUGACAAUGAAGGUUCACAGAUUGCGUUCGAUAACUAUUGCCUCGCCUGUGAGCAUUUGCUACAGCUCAACCUCGACUACGUUUGCGGGACCGCUCACAACCUGGCUACUGGCAAAGAACGUCGGGAGUUGGACGCUUGUGUCAAAAGUUGGAAUUCACAUGUUCGAGAGCUAUUGUUCGACGAAAUAGUUAUCGACACUUUGCGGCAAGCUUGGUCUGUUUCCGCCAAUCUUCGACGACUAACGAAUUUAUUGGUGCCCAUUGUAGCGAAACUGGGAGGCGCCAAGACGCGGAUCGAUCCUGUAGAAUUCAUUGACUCUUUGUGUAUACUUCGUGAAGACUCGAAAUUAAAUUCUUUGAAAGGUCUGUGUGUCCUUGAACUGUUUUUAAUCGCGACUCUAGUCAAGCUACAGGAAAUCCACGAGGGACGUCCUGUCAACUUUGAGCUGCUUUACGCAGAAUACGCGAAAUUUUGCCGCUCCAACUGUCCCGGUUAUUUGUACGAUAAACCUGUGGUACACAAGUCCUUGGAUAACUUGAUUGAUCUUGAGUUGGUCGUGGCGGGCAAAUCUGCAAUGGCUGCUGCUGCAACCGCCGCGGCUAGUCGUGGGACCUCGGGUCAGUGGGCAAUGCAUCCCAACUACAAACCGCUGUUUUGUUUCGUCGAGUCCCAACUGCUUUCCGCUUGCUUAGAUGCGUAUCCUAAUUGUCCAAUGGAAUUACGUUUCUGGAUUCAUUCACGAGCAUUUUGAUAUCUCUCUAACCUCACCUCAUUUCCUAUGUGUUUCUCUAAGAUUUUACUACUUUUAUACAUCAGUGCCUCCACAUAAA